CAUGUGAGAAACUGGAACAUUUCAUCCGUCCCAAAUAAUUAAAAGCGUGACCCAGCCAAGCCGGUUUUCACAUCACCACCCAUCUCAUACCCUUGGUUCUCUCAUUUCCAGUAUGGUUCGAGCUUCACUGAAAACGGAGGUUGAUUCCGUGAGGAGACCAGCCCUCAGAGCAGAAAAGAAACCACAUUGCCACAAUCUGGAUACCUUCCUGCCAGUCAGAAAUUCUGGCCCAGAACCUCCAUCACUAAACCCACAGUGCCUGAGGAAAAGCAUCCCACCUGCCUGGAUAGCUGACUUGAAUUAAAAAGCUGCAGGGGGUGUGCGUGCAGAAAUACAGCUGGAAAUCUUGCUGACUAUCCUUCUUGCUGCAAAUCCAGAACAUCACUUCAGACAGCCCAUAUUCGCUGUGUGUUCUGCUUUAUCUGGCUGAGAGGAAGGGAGUAAUUCAUUGUCACCUGGGUACCAUGAUCUCCCACCAUCAGCAACCCGUGACGACACUGUGCCCACUUCUGAAAAAUCCAGGCAAGGAGUGGAAAGGGAAGAGGAGUCCUCGUGUCCCACCGGAGGGGAUGAGGAGGUUGAGGCAAACGUUCCUUAAUUUAUUCUGCCUCCUCUGGCUCCCGCUUCUGCUGAAGGCUGCCUCUUCCUCCCCUCUCCCCGCUGGAAACGACCCACCGUCCCCUGAGCUCCCCUAUGGGCUGUACAAAGGACACACUUGCGUUGGGUGCGUGCUUGUGGUGUCUGUGAUUGAACAGCUUGCACAGUGGCACAACAGUACCGUAAAAGCAGCCGUGGAGAGACUGUGCAACUACAUACCUGAAAAACUGCAAGGUUUCUGCUACGUACUUGCUGAACUUUAUGGACCACACAUAGCCGAGCUCAUAGACAGAGAAAUGAAUGCCGAUGUGGUCUGCCAUUCCUUGAAGCUGUGUAAACAGGAUCCAGGACAACCACUUUGUCAUCUCUACCCUCCUCCAAAGGUGGGGCUGAGUACUGCAAUACGGAAAGCGAAAAGAAUGAUGAAGAAUUCCAAGGAUCUGAAGAUCUUCACGGGGUUCUCCAGUGUAUGUGCAUUUCCUCUUCUGGCUAACCUAUGUGAGAAGAUUAAAUAUGUUAUAAGAAAUAAACUGCCUUUUGAAGAUUUUGAUGGAGAUAAAUUUAGUACUUUCCCGACGUUGAGGGGCUAUCACUGGCGAGGCAGAGACUGCAACGACAAAAAUACCACCGUGUACCCUGGCAGACGUCCUGAUAACUGGGAUGUGAAAAGUGACUCUAACUGCAAUGGCAUAUGGGGCGUGGAUCCAAAAGAUGGAAUUCCCUACGAGGAGAAGUUCUGCAAAGGUGCGGACUCGCAGGGGGUCGUGCUGUUGGGAGACUCAGCUGGCGCUCACUUCCACAUCCCUCCUGAGUGGAUGACGGUCACGGAGAUGUCAGCGAAAUCAUUCGCUAAUCUCCCAAUGGCUUUCACGGAUGAACUUGAUUGGCCCCAGUUCUCAGAGAUCACUGGGUUUCUGAACUCCACCAUCGGAGGCUGGACAGAUUCUCUGUAUCUACGUUUACGCCAGAGAAAUCGCUGUAAUCACAGAGACUUACAGAACAUUUCCCAGAAUGGUGGUUCUUCAGGAAACCUCCUCUCUUUAAUAAAAAGCUUGGCCAGAAACCAGCUGUUGGACUAUCCAGCCAUAGUCAUCUACGCUACAAUCGGGAAUGAUGUCUGCAAUGGGGAGCGUGACACGCUGGCUCACAUGACUACACCCAAAGAAAUGCUCUCCAACGUGGUGCAAGCUCUGCGAUACCUGGACACCCGUCUCCCAAAUGGCAGCCACGUCAUUUUGACAGGCUUGGUAGAUGGCCGCUUCCUCUGGGAUCACCUGCAUGACAGAUACCAUCCUCUAGGGCAGCUGAACAGGGACGUCACCUACAGUCAACUUUAUUCUUUCCUCGACUGCCUCCAGGUGAGCCCUUGCAGCGGCUGGCUGACUUCCAACGAGACCCUCAGGAAUUUGACCUCGGAGAGAGCUUUGCAACUUUCCAAUGUGCUGAAAGAAAUAGCCUCGUCUGAGAAAUUUGCCAACUUUGAUGUUUUCUACAUGGAUUUCCCACUGAGACAAACGGCCGAGGAGUGGCACAAGAUGGGAGGUGAGCCCUGGCAGCUGAUCGAACCGGUCGAUGGCUUCCACCCCAGCCAGAUCGCGGCGGCCCUUGGGACAAGCAUCACCUGGCAGAAGGCGCUGCAGGAAUGGCCUCAAGUGCUCGGGAAGGAGAAUCCAUUCAACCACCAGAUCGAAGCCAUAUUCAAAGACCAAGGUGGACACUGACCUCCCCAACGGCCGGAGCCCUGGGCUGGUUUAGGGUGACGCCUCCCAGCGCGGAACAAGACGAUUAAAGAUAAAGGGGGAGGGGAAGUUAUCUGAACCAGUAGUGGUGGAAAUAACCCAACAGCAUCCUUUUGGGUUUGUAUCUCCCCUGCACCAGUAGGCCACGCUUUGUCUGUGGAGCAACAGAAAUAAAAAGCAAAGGAGAUCUGCCAGUUUGACCAUUUCUUGUACUGGUUUGCAAACCUGGACUAUUUUUUUUCCCCCCAUAGACGUGGCAACCUCCUGCCCCGACUUCACAUCCCCCCUCCCCUGCAGAACAUCAUGUCUGGGCUUCCCAUUUGUACCACCUCAGCUGUUCAACUCACCCCAAGGAGGAAGGGGAGGGAAGAAGCCCCAAACUCCUUGUGUUGCUAUAAAUUGUGUGGAUGUCGUUGCCCUGACUGGCAAGACAUUAUUUAGCUCCUAUUUACGUAUUAAAAUGUGCCAGGAAUAAGGUGCCACUGGAAUUUUGAUUUCCCUGGCAGCAGCAGUCGUCCCCCCCGCCAUGACAGUAACUUGACAACCCUCCACCUGUUUAAAACAGGUUGUUUUAUCAAGCUUUUCUUCUUUCAUCUUUCCUCUUUUGCUUCCCUAACAAACAGGAUAGACCCAGUCCUGGAUCUUUAAGAGGCAGGGCCCAGGGGAUCCCUGAAGGCGCUGGGCAGCCCUUAUCGGCUCCACCUAAUUAUUAGUAGUUUUUUCACCAGCUCACCUAACAAAAUAUUCUAUUUUUCAGCAAAAUAAAUAAACAUCACAAAAUUGGAGACAGCUUUACCCUACUCCCAGCCUUCCCGGUGACAGAGGGAUCAGCAGCAUGAAAUAGCCUUAAUUACAGGUGGGGGGAAAAAAAACCAUCUGGGAAAUAGAAAGCGUUAACGUGAUGUGAUUAAAACAUAUCUAUUCAUUUUCUUCUUUUUGAUUUUAAUAUUAAUUCUUCAUUAAAGUAGUUUAGUUCGUUCUAAACUUCUAAAUUAAA